AUGGUUAUCUGCAAAUCAUUCGAGUUGGCCAACAUGUCGUGUACCGACGUUUGCACUGCGAGAAAGAAAGUAGAUUUACGGGUCAGAAUUGGUGUACGUCUUCUUGGCAAAGAAGAGGAAAUAGAUGAAAAUGAAGUUCCACCAGCUGAUGAUCCUGCAAAUCCUCCACAUCCUCGAAUCCGUAAAAACGACAUUAUGUUUGGAUCUGCUGAUGAUUGUUUGAAAUUUUUAGAGGAAUUAGAACCUUCCGAAGAGCUAGCAUGCCUGAAAGAAAAAAUGCGGUAUAUUAUUGUUGAGAAUUGUGACGAGAUUGCCACGAAUGAUUCAUACGCGUUAACUGUUAGCAAAAUUUUGCUCAAUUUUGUGAAUGGUUCUACAACCAUGUUAUUCUUUGCUGACUCUUGCAAACCUAAUCUCGACAUAUCGUUUGCCUUUUUCAAAGAAAUAGUUACAACAAAUGUUUUCUUGGAAUUUGAGGAUGCAACGGAGUUCGACAUUUUUAAGUACAUCAAAUUCCACUUUGUGUCUGAUGAUCGCUUCUUAAACGCCUUGGCUUGCUCACCGAAAAGCGACGCGGAGUUAAAAAAUUUCGAGUGUUCUAAGAAAGUGAUGACAGUACUAAUCCAAAAAUUGGAAUUAUGCAAUUUCGAAGUUGAUCGUUUAACAUUGCAAAGAGCUCAAGAAAGAGGAGGCGGUCGAGCUGAAAAAAUUUUGGUUGUUACUAGCAAUCAAAAAACUGCCAAUUUGGUCGCACUUUAUUUGAAGCACAUCGGUAGAAAUAAGAAAAUUGGAAUUCUCACAAAAAAUAUGGACCGCGAAAGAAUGGAAUAUGUUAAUUUCCAGUACCGCCGAAAUGGGUAUGAUAUCGUUGUGAUCGACUACAAAUCGAUGCACGAUAUUGGGCGAGCAAUUGUAGAUGCGGUUAUUUUAUUCGAUUUGCCUCAAUUUAAAUAUUUUUCAACAUUCAUGGAAGACGAAAUGUUUACGUUAAUGUCACGAAAUGCUGUUAGAUUGAAGCUUCACGUUAUGUUUGAUGAAAAUAAGGAUAUUUUUGCAGUUCCAAAAUUCAUGGCGCUAGACUCUCCGGAUCAAUCGAAAAGUGACGUUCUCAAAAUAAUGAAAUUAGUGCCAGUGAUUGGCAAAGAAAUCAAAUCUUUGGAUCCCAAAAAUCCACAUGAUAGAAUAUUAGUAUACUCUAGUAGAAACAAAAUGUGCCGCAUGUUGGCGUUCAGUUUGGGUCAAGUCAAUUUGAUAUCCAGCAUAUUUGAAAGUAAUUGUCUUUUGGACACACGAGAGGCAUAUUUAAAAGAACAAAAAGAUGUUUGGGAAUCUGGUGCCAAUUUGAUUGCAGUUGCUCAUUCCGAUUUGGAGAAGGAGAAAACGCUCAGACUUUGCCGAAAAAUUUACCUUCUUGACAUUAUUCCAACCGAUCUCGCAAUGAAUCUGUGCGAGAGAAUCAGUAAAUUUGACGGUAACUUCAAAUGCACAGUUAUUCCUAUUUUUACAACUUUCUCCGAACCACAGGAAUACGUGAAUGUUUCGGCGAUAAUGUUGGAAGAGUUGGAUGCAAAUGACGGGAACGAUUUCGAAGAAGAAAGUGACGGGCCAAGUCAUAAAGAAUACAGUAACGAAGCAGCCAAUGCGUUUGCUCAUAUGAAGAUUGUUAUGGAUAGUGAUUGCGAUGAUGAUGAUGAUGAUGGACUUCCGAUAGAUCCCGAUUAUGACGAAGACGAUUUUCCCUACUAUUAA